GAGACCCCUAGUGUGUUGAUUACAGGCGCCAUUUUGGGACAAGCUCAGGCAACGGCGACUGAGGAACGGAAACUUCAUACAUCGCAAUAUUGAAUCAACCUGACGUUUUGCAGUUUAUAUUAUCUUCCAAUAUACUGCAUUUAUUCGCGUUAUUUACCAAACAACAAAAUAUUGUAGGAUUGAAUGAGCGUGUAAGAUUAGCUAGUCAGCUAAGGCGGAAGAAGAACGGCUCGCUAGAGUGUUUGUGGGAGGUCAAGAGGCCUGUGGAGGAGGACUGAAGUUGAAAUCUCUCCGAGCUCACAGGAAACAUGGCUGACGAUUUUGAUAUUGAAGCGAUGCUUGAGGCGCCUUACAGGAAGGAUGAGACCAAGUCCUCUAGUACCAAUGGCACCGAAGAGCGCAGCAAGAAGAAGAAGAGGAGCAGGAGUGGUAGUCGCAGCAGGAGCCGUGAGCAGAAGCGCAGGAGCCGCAGUCGUGAGGGGAAGAAGAGCCGCGGGGGCCGCAGGGAGCGCAGCAAGGAGCGCCGCCGCAGCCGGUCCCGCAGCCGGGAGAGGUCCGGCCGCUACCGCGCCCGCCGGAGCCCCUUUUCUGGGCCCAAGUUCAACGGCGGAGCCAGGGGGAAGAUUGGUCCACCGCUCGCCAUUAAAAUCAGCCGCAGACGGUCCAGGAGCAGAAGCCCUUUCAAGAAGGACAAGAGCCCAGUCAGUUUUUCCAGGGAGCCCAUCGAUAACCUGACGCCCGAGGAGAGGGACGCCCGCACCGUGUUCUGCAUGCAGCUGGCGGCUCGCAUCCGGCCCCGAGACCUGGAGGAGUUCUUCUCCGCCGUGGGGAAGGUGCGGGAUGUGCGGAUGAUUUCAGACAGGAACUCCAGGAGGUCAAAGGGCAUCGCCUACAUCGAGUUUGUGGAGGUGAACUCGGUCCCUCUCGCCAUCGGGCUGACAGGACAGAGGCUGCUGGGAGUUCCUAUCAUCGUGCAAGCCUCACAGGCGGAGAAGAACCGCGCGGCUGCGAUGGCGAAUAACCUGCAGAAGGGCAGCGCGGGGCCCAUGCGGCUGUACGUGGGCUCCCUGCACUUCAACAUCACCGAGGACAUGCUGCGCGGCAUCUUCGAGCCUUUCGGCCGGAUCGAGAGCAUCCAGCUGAUGAUGGACAGCGAGACCAGCCGGUCCAAAGGCUACGGCUUCAUCACGUUUGCGGAUGCGGAGUGCGCUAAGAAGGCGCUGGAGCAGCUGAACGGGUUUGAGCUGGCCGGCCGGCCCAUGAAGGUGGGGCACGUGACGGAGCGCACCGACGCCUCCACCGCCAGCUCCUUCCUGGACAGCGACGAGCUGGAGCGCACCGGCAUCGACCUGGGCACCACCGGCCGCCUGCAGCUCAUGGCCCGGCUCGCCGAGGGCACAGGGCUGCAGAUUCCUCCGGCGGCCCAGCAGGCCCUGCAGAUGAGCGGCUCCAUCCCGUUCGGCGCCAUGGCGGCUGUGACAGAUUUACAAGCAAGGCUGACCCAACCCCCAGAAGCUGCAGCCAUGAGCCCGGCGCUGAACAUGAGCAUGAGCAUGAACGUGAAUACGCCCCUGAAUCUGCCCACACAGCCCCUGGCCACCCACUGCUUCCAGCUGGCCAACAUGUUCAACCCUCAGGCGGAGGACGGGCCGGGCUGGGAUGUGGAGAUUCAGGACGACGUCAUCGAAGAAUGCAACAAACAUGGCGGCGUGGUGCACAUAUACGUGGAUAAGAACUCGCCGCAGGGGAACGUGUACGUGAAAUGCCCCACCAUCCCGGCUGCGAUGGCCGCAGUGAACGCGCUGCACGGCCGCUGGUUUGCAGGUAAAAUGAUCACGGCUGCGUACGUCCCCCUCCCGACCUAUCACAACCUGUUCCCCGACUCCGUCACGGCCACCCAGCUGCUGAUGCCCGCUCGGCGAUGAUCGGGGCCCCGCCCGUGGAGAGGCUGUGUGGGGCCCCGGGGCCCGUGGAGUGGCUGUGUGGGGCCCCGGGGCCCGGGGCCCGGCGUGUGCUGUCCCGGGCUGGUGAGCCCAGCCCCCCCCCUCCCCCCCCCCCCUCCCCCCCUGUACAUACGGCCUGACGCUGGACCUCCCCAGCACAACCCCAAGACCCCCCACCCCCCCGAAGUGAGACGCUCUCCGGGCGUUUCGUUUUGUGAAGUUUUUAAUUUAUAAUGUUAUUUGCAUCGAAUAAAAAAAAAAAAAAUACAUGAAAAAAACGAAAAAGACAAAUAACUUUAAAAAAAGGAGAAGGCGUUAAGGCUUAUUUGCGUAUUCCCCCGCCCGGGCGCUGAGUCGGCAUGGUGGUGAAGUUUCAGUCUCGACGCAGGACUGAGGACCCGGCUCUCCUGCCCCUCUGCUGCCCCUCUGCUCGUCAUUUGUACACCGUUAAACCUGCAGUUUUGUGCUUUAGAGGCGUUUUAUUUUUCCUGCUUUACUGGAAGUGUAUAAUAAAAAUGGUAUGAUACCUUCAGACACCAAAAAAACCCUUUAGAGGAGAGGAGGUUUGGGCUUUCUGUUUUAAGCUCUGUGAGCUCUGGUGUCUGUUAGACCUCUGCUUUCUGUUUCUCCUCAGACCCUCCCUCUCUUUCUAACUUUUUUGUAAUGGAGAUUUGAUUUUGUAAAGAGUUCUUGAUUAAAUUUCUUUCAAAUGAA